AUGGUGGGCACCAAGGGGACUGAGCUGCUGCAGCUAACACAGCCUUUAUGGGUGUUAGGGUCUCCCAAGAGCAUCGACUACAGUGACGUGAUUCCGGACUCGUUCUCCUUCGCCUCGGCAGAACCGCUCCCAGAGUUCCAGCUGGAACCGAAGGACGGGUUCAUCGUCAAGAACCGACCCGUCCAGCUCCGCUGUAGAGCCGCCCCCGCCACGCAAAUAUACUUCAAGUGUAACGGAGAGUGGGUCAACCAGAACGAUCAUGUGACCAGAGAGAGCCUCGAUCAGAUCACGGGCCUGGUGGUGAGGGAGGUGGAUAUCUCUGUAUCGAGGACCCAGGUGGAGGAACUGUUUGGUCUGGAGGACUACUGGUGUCAGUGUGUGGCCUGGAGCUCUGCAGGCACCACCAAGAGUAGCCGCGCGUACGUCCGCAUCGCAUAUCUGCGUAAGACCUUUGAGCAGGAGCCUCUGGGUCGAGAGGUGAGAUUGGAGCAGGAGGUGUUGCUGCAGUGUCGACCUCCCGAGGGCAUGCCCCCUGCUGAGGUGGACUGGUUGAAGAAUGAGGACACCAUAGAUCCGUCUCAGGACUCUAACUUCCUGAUGACCGUAGAAAAUGACCUCAUUAUUAAACAGGCCCGUCUCUCUGACACGGCCAACUACACCUGUGUGGCACGCAACCAGGUAGCCAAGAGACGCAGUAGUACCGCCACGCUUAUCGUCUACGUGAGUGGGGGCUGGUCUUCGUGGACUGAGUGGUCGGAGUGUAAUGCCCAGUGUGGGCGGGGCUGGCAGCGACGGACACGCAGCUGCACCAAUCCUGCGCCUCUAAACGGGGGAGCCUUCUGCGAGGGCUCGGCUUUCCAGAGAGUCACAUGCACCACGCUGUGUCCAGUGGACGGAGGCUGGACGGACUGGGCCAAGUGGUCAGCGUGUGGGACAGAAUGUACCCAUUGGAGGAGCAGGGAGUGUCAGGCCCCCCCUCCCCGGAAUGGAGGACAGCACUGUAGUGGGAGUAUGAUGGAGAGCAAGAACUGCACCGAUGGACUCUGUACACGCAAUAAGAAGGCUUCUAUUGAACACACCAGUUAUCCAAUGGACCCUGGUAUGGGUGUAACGGUGUACGCUGGCCUGGUGGGGGCGCUGUUACUGUGUGUGGUGCUGGUGCUGUGUGUGGGGGUGUUGGCAUACCGACGCAACUGUCGCCAUCUCCACGGCGAUAUCACUGACUCCUCCUCCGCCCUCACCACAGCCUUCCAGCCCGGCAACUAUAAACCACCCAGACAGGACAACCCUCACCUCCUCCACCCCUCUGCGCCCCCAGACCUGACAGCCACAGCGUGUACCUUCAGGGAUCCUCUCUUCUCCCUGCAGCAGGGUGCCAACGAUGGUCACCACAAGAUCCCCAUGACAACCUCUCCCCUGCUGGACCCCCUUCCCAGCCUUAAGAUCAAAAUGUACAACUCAUCUAACCUGUCAUCCCUGGAGUUACCAGCAGAGGGCCACAGCGACCCUGAGAUCCUCAGCCUGAAACAUGUUGGCAUGGGGGUCACCAUGGUACGGGACAGAGACGUGCACCAUACACUGUCCAGAGAGCCUGGUCACAGCACCUCUGUAACCCUGGGCAACCUGGGGGGACGCCUUGCCAUCCCUAACACAGGUGUGAGUCUGUUGGUUCCACCAGGUACUAUUCCUCAGGGGAAGUUCUAUGAGAUCUACCUCACCAUCAACAAGUGGGAGAAAACCAUGUAAGUAAACUAGACUCAUCC